AGAAUGUUUCUGGAUGCAGACGGAGCCGCCCAGCGGAGGACCAACAGGAGGCAGGGAGCAGGACGAGGAGCAGCCAAGGGACGAGGCCGCGGGAAAAAACCAGCCAGCGAAGACGAAGAAGAAGAUGAGGAUGAUGAAGACGAGGCUCCCAGGGGACGCCGGGGGGCCAACAAGAAGAAGCCGGCCAAGGGAAGAGGCAAAAACAAGGAGGAGGACGACAGCGAGGAAGAGGCUCCCAAGAGGAACCGGAAAGGAGGCGCCAAUAAAAAGAAAGGAGGCAAAGCUCAGGACAGCGAGGAGGAGGAGAGUGAGGAGGAGAAGGGAAAGAAAGGAAAGAAGGGAAAGAAAGGAGGAAAAGAGGAGGAGGACAGUAAGGGAAAGAAGGGAGACGCCAAAGGAAAAGACAAAGGAAAGGACAAAGGAAAAGACAAAGGAAAGGACAAAGACAACGAUAAGAAGAAGAAGAAGAAGAAGGGCGACAGCUCCUCUGACUCCAACACCGACUCUGAGGAGGAGGAGUCCAUGUCGGAGGGAGAGAUGGCCAAGCUGAUGGAGGAGGUGGAGGAGAAGAAGAAGCUGAUCGCCACCAUCAGGAACAAACCGUGGAGGAUGAAGAGGAGGCUGGUGCACCUCAAAGAGGCUCAAGAGUUUGUGGAUAAGUUUGAAGGAGCUUUGGGGAAAGGGAAAGGCAGGAAGUGGUACGCCUACAAAGUCAUGAUGACAAAGAAAUGGAUCAAGUUCCAGAGGGACUUUGAGAAUUUCCGAACCGCCUGUAUCCCGUGGGAACGCAAGAUCAAAGAUGUGGAGAGUCACUUCGGGUCGUCGGUGGCGUCGUACUUCAUCUUCCUGCGCUGGAUGUACGGCAUGAACCUGGUCCUCUUUGGGUUCACCUUUGGUCUGGUGGUUAUCCCCGAGGUUCUGAUGGGUCUCCCCUACGGAUCCAUUCCCAGGAAGACCGUCCCCCGAGCCGAGCAGGACACGGCUCAGGACUACUCCGUCCUCAUGGACUUCAACGGUUACUGUAAGUACUCGGUCCUGUUCUACGGUUACUAUAACAACCAGCGGACCAUCGGGCUGCUGAAGUUCCGGCUGCCUCUGUCCUACCUGAUGGUCGGGAUCGGCACCUUCGGCUACAGCCUGAUGGUCGUCAUCCGCACAAUGGCCAAGAACGCUGAUGUGGGCGGUGGAGAUGGAGAUGAAGGAGAGUUCACGUUUGCCUGGAAGAUGUUCACCAGCUGGGAUUACCUCAUCGGCAACGCAGAGACGGCCGACAAUAAAUACGCCUCCAUCACCACCAGCUUCAAGGAGUCCAUCGUGGACGAGCAGGAGAACCAGAAGGACGAGAACAUCCACCUGAGGAGGUUCCUCCGGGUCCUGGCUAACGUCCUGAUCAUCUGCAGCCUCGGAGGCAGCGGCUACCUCAUCUACUUCGUGGUGAAGAGGUCUCAGGAGUUCGCCUCCAGAGACGACCUCAGCUGGUACGAGAAGAACGAGCUGGAGAUCAUCAUGUCCCUGCUGGGUCUGGUCUGUCCCCCUUUGUUUGAGACCAUCGCUGAGCUGGAGGACUACCAUCCUCGCAUCGCCCUCAAGUGGCAGCUGGGACGCAUCUUCGCCCUCUUCCUGGGGAACCUCUACACCUUCCUGUUCGCCCUGUUCGACGAGGUCAACACCAAGCUGACGGAGGAGGGCGCCAUCAAGAACGCCAGCAUCUGGGCCAUGAAGGAGUACUACGCCAACUUCACCCGAGUGAUCAACGACACCGAGGUCACCCCGCCCCCCAUGAGCCCUGCUGAUGUCAUCAGGGGACCCUGCUGGGAGACCGCCGUCGGCAUAGAGUUUGUGAAGCUGACGGUGUCAGACAUCCAGGUGUCCUACCUCACCAUCCUGAUCGGAGACUUCGCCAGAGCCGUCAUCGUUCGUUUCCUCAACUACUGCUGGUGCUGGGACCUGGAGGCUGGCUUCCCGUCAUACGGAGAGUUUGACAUCAGUGGAAACGUUCUGGGACUGGUCUUCAACCAGGGCAUGAUCUGGAUGGGAGCGUUCUAUGCUCCUGGCCUGGUGGGCAUCAACGUGCUGCGUCUCCUCAGCUCCAUGUACUACCAGUGCUGGGCCGUCAUGGCCACCAACGUCCCCCAUGAGAGGGUCUUCAAGGCCUCCAAGUCCAACAACUUCUACAUGGGUCUGCUGCUCCUCAUCCUCUUCCUCAGCCUGCUGCCCGUCGUCUACACCAUCAUGACGCUGCCGCCCUCCUUCGACUGUGGACCCUUCAGUGGGAAGGUGAAGAUGUUCGAUGUGAUCAUGGAGACUAUUGAUCUGGACCUUCCUGCCUUCCUGGGGACGCUGUUCAGCUACGCAGCAAACCCAGGACUCAUCAUCCCUGCUGUGCUGCUGAUGGUUCUGGCCAUCUACUACCUGAACUCUGUGUCUGAAGCCUAUCAGAACUCCAACAUGGAGCUGAAGAAGAAGAUGCAGAUGGCUCGUGAUGAAGAGAAGAACCGGAGGAACAACACUGACAGCACCAACCAGGUGAUGAAGGAUCUGGAGGACCUGCUGCCCAACGCCUCCCUCAGACCCCCACCAGAACCAGAACCAGAGAAACCUCCAGAACCAGAACCAAAGGCGACUAAAACCAAACCCGGCUCGGCAGGUAAAGGUGUGAACCUGCAGAAAGACGUGGCUCUGGCGUCCCCCAACCCCAACGCUCGCCAGCCGGUCAGCAGGCCGCCCCGAGGGGCCGGACCAGGACCAGGACCAGGACCAGGACCAGGACCAGGACGGGGCCGAGGCCGGGGGCGAGGAGCCCCGCCCAGAUAA